CUGUAUUCUGUGGAGUUCAGUCUCAGUCUGUCUGCUGAUGCCAUCACAACAUUGCAUAUUUGACCCAGACUGUUUGAACGGCAUGUCUCUCAUAUUCAUCCUGUAAAACUUUUGUAAUCACCUGAAGUCAAAAUGAAGAUUGCAGCCUUCAAUGCAAAAAACCUGGGAUGGAAAAAAGUCACGAACAAGAUGGUGGUCCACUACCUCACCAAGAUCAUGUCUCAGUACAGUGUGGUGGUGAUACUGGAGGUGAUGGAUAAGAGCGGUAAGGCCAUGGAGAAGUUACUGAAAGAGCUCAACAACAACAGCUCCAACAAAAACCGUCCCUACUCCAUGACCGCCAGCUCCCAGCUGGGACGAGACACCUACAAGGAGCGCUUUGUUUGUUUCUACAGAGAGGAUGAUGUGACACUGAAAGCUUGUCAUCAGUAUGAAGAUAAUCAAGAAGGAGAUGAGGACGCCUUCGCCAGAGAGCCCUUCAUCCUGCGCUUCUGCUGUCCAUCUACGAAGGUUAAAGAUCUGGUUCUGAUCCCAGUCCACACCAAACCGAAUGACUCACUGAAGGAGCUGGACGAGCUGCAUGAUGUAGUCGAUGCUGUCAGGAGGAAGUGGAGGACUAAUAAAAUUAUGAUUUUGGGGGAUUUUAAUGCAGAUGGACGUUAUCUCUCCAAGAGGAAGAAGGAGAAGAUCCGCAUCUCCUCUGCUCCUUAUCAUUGGCUGAUCAAGGAUGGUGUUGACACGACGACUAGUAACUGUAAUGACCACACCUAUGACAGGAUCGUUGUGUACAGACAGACCAUGCUGGACGCCAUCGUCCCCGGGUCGGCCAAGCCCUUCAACUUCCAGAAAGAGUUCAACUUGACGGAUGAACAAACUUUGAGUAUCAGUGACCACUACCCUGUGGAGGUGGAGCUGAAGACCAAUCAGAAAGCACCAGCAGAAAGGACGAUGGCUCUGCCCCGGACAACAAAGACAACAUUCAUCAAAAGACAAACUCAGAAGAAAGGAGCACAGAAGAAGAAGAAGGCUGAGCUGGCUGAAGCACAGAAGAAGAUGGCUGAGCCGGCAGGAGCAAAGAAAAAGAUGAAGGCUGAACAAGUAGCAUUACAGAAGAAUAAGAAAGCUGAUUCAGCAGGAGCACAGAAGAAGAUGAAGACCGAGCUGGCAGGUGCAGAGAAGAAGAAGAAGAAGAAGAAGAAGAAAAAGAAGGCAGAGCCAGCAGGAGCACAGAAGAAGAAGAAGAAGAAGAAGAAGAAGAAGAAGAAGACUGAGGUGGCAGCAUUACAAAAAACGAAGAAUAUGAGAGGAAAAAGGAAGAGAGGACCGUCAACAGACACACCAGCCAAAAGAAGACAUUUGGAAAAAUGUCAGACAAACGGACUCUCAACAUCUUGCAUCACUCAAUAAUUUUAAAGUGAUUUUUAUCUGUCACUCCGACUGAUGAGGAUUUGUACACAUCACCAGCUUUUAACUGAUAAUUGACAUUCUUGGAUUUCUUUGUGUGCAUAAUGUUACAAAAACAGCAAAAAAACUGCCUUAUAUAUGACAACUGAAUGUUAAUGUGAAAUAAUUUUAGAGAAUGUUCAAGUUUUACUCUGUUGCAACCACUGCACGACAGUUUACCUCAGGUUAAAUAAAGUUUUAUCCUACAACCUUUGAGAUCUAAGGACCGAGACGUUGUGUAUUUAAAUAAAGUUUAU